UUUGCACACCGUUGUUUGCUGUCGUAGAGUUAACAACGCAGUGUCGGCGUUUUUUUUAAUUAAUUCACUUCUUGUCUCUCGUGUCAGCACAACAGAAAAAGGGGUUUCCGUGGUGUGGUCAGCUUUCAGUGAUUAUUGUCGCCUAGUGUGAACAUCAAGUGCAUUGUCAAAGCUCUGGCUAUUAGUGAAAAGAUAUAUCGUGCUCUAGUGACCAUCUGUAAGCCAUUGUUUUGAAUAGCUAAACAGCCGGUGGAGUUGAUUCAGCCCAAGCAGAUCUAUUCCGACCGGUAGCGCCAAGAUGGGCAUAGAGAAGGCAACUAGUUGGGAAGAAGGUGCUGCAGCUCUGAAGGAAUGGCUCACAACGCAACCCCAUCUACCGCAGAAUAUUCAUCCGCUACUACUACAACGGUACAUUCACUCAACCAAAGGUGAUCUGGAAUACGCAAAGAAGAUUUUCAUUCAUGGGUUCACCAUCCGGCAGAAGAAUCCGCACAUAUUUGCCAACCGUGAUCCGCUGGAGCCAAAAGUACAGCAAGUACUUCAAGCAAUCGACAUGGUUCCUCUACCAUCAAUUGAAGGGUGCGAGGAUAAGUUCGUGUUUUAUCGCCUGGUAGACUGUGAUCCAGAUAAGUUCCACUUCAAUGAUGUCAUCCGAACAUUUUUCAUAAUUGCCGACAGCCGUCUAGUGCAACCAGAUAUCCCGAUGAACAACGGAGGUGAUAUUCCAAUCUUCGAUAUGACCGGAUUUACGCUGAGGCAUCUCACAAAAGUGAUCCUCUCCACGCUGCGAGUAUACAUGAAAUUCACACAGGAAGCACAUCCAGUGCGACUAAAGGCGAUACAUGUGAUCAACUGUACUACCUUCUUAGACCGAGUAAUGUAUAUAGUGAAGCCAUUCAUGAAGAAACAAGUUGCUAACAUGCUACACUUCCAUCUGCCCAACUCGGAAACGCUUUAUGAACACGUUCCAAAGGACGCCCUUCCAGAUGAAUACGGUGGAAAGCAAACGAUUGCUAAACAAAAGGCCGAAUGGUUCAAGCGACUGGAAUCGUUGAGAGAUUACUUUACCGACGAAUCUCGCUGGAAAAUCGACGAAUCACGAAAAACAAAUAACAACAAUAAUAACAACAACGAUCUUUGUGGUUCAUUGAGGAAGCUGGAAAUUGAUUGAGAGGAAGAAUUAAUAAAAAAAUAUACGAGAUAGCAUUUUACAUGUAAGCUCAACAUUACAAAAAAAAAAAUACACAUGGUGAUAUAACACAGCAUAGAGAUUAAGAAGGAUAUACAAACAUAAAAGAAGACAUGUUGCCUAAAAAAUGAUGAAUUGAAAAGCAAUAAACUAAAUGGACUUCUUUUUAUUUGAUGUGGCAGCAAA